CUCUGUUGACUGCAGCGAGAUUAGUUCUGCCGUGCUUGUGAUGGUCGGGACAAGGAAUUUACUUUUGCAGAGCUGCUAUGGUAAACUGCGUCCUGUGUUCCAAAGUUCCUUUUCUCCAAGCGGAAGGCGCAUGGGCCACCGAACCACGUAAACUCAAACCUCCGAGUACUUGCCGAGUCGUGUCUUUUCGCCUGUUGUUCGUCCACCAACAUUCGAGGUCGCAAUGUCAGAACUGUAUCCGUCGAUUGCGCAGUGCGCCGUCGUGGCAACGGCCUUGAAAGUGCUGCUGUUUCCUGCAUACAAGUCGACCGAUUUCGAAGUUCACCGCAACUGGCUCGCUCUGACGCACUCACUGUCUAUCAAGGAAUGGUACUACGAAAAAACAUCAGAAUGGACACUCGACUAUCCGCCAUUCUUUGCCUACUUUGAAUGGCUCAUGUCUCAAGCUGCUGCGUAUAUUGAGCCUGCGCUAUUAAAUGUAAAGGACCUCAACUACGAUAGCUGGCAGACCGUCUACUUUCAGCGAACUACUGUCAUCGUUACGGAGCUGAUUUUGGUCUACGCUUUGCAUCUCUACGUCAAGACCUCUAAGUCGAAAGUUACUGCACACGCAGCUGCACUGUCCAUUCUUCUUUCGCCUGGCCUUCUGAUCAUCGACCACAUCCACUUUCAGUACAAUGGCUUCCUCUACGGCGUUCUCAUUCUGUCCAUGGUGCUGGCGCGGAACAAGUCAACCGUUCUUCUGUCUGGCAUCCUCUUCGCAGCGCUUCUGUGCCUAAAGCACAUCUACCUCUACCUGGCCCCUGCCUACUUUGUCUUCCUCCUUCGUGCGUAUUGCCUUGGUGAGCGUCAAAGCUUCCCGUACUUCACUAUUCGCUUCUUCAACUCCGUUAAGUUGGGCGUGGGCAUCAUUGCAGUGUUUGCUAGUGCUUUCGGGCCCUUUGCGCUCUGGGGACAGCUCGAGCAAGUGUUCAAGCGUUUGUUCCCAUUUUCUCGUGGACUUUGCCAUGCCUACUGGGCUCCAAACGUCUGGGCAAUGUACUCUUUCACCGAUAGAGUGCUCAUCUAUUUGGCCCCUCAGCUUGGCUUGACCGUAGAUCCGGAUGCGGUCAACAGUGUUACUCGAGGACUUGUUGGAGACUCAUCGUUUGCUGUACUCCCUGACAUCGUGCCUCUUACAUGCUUCCUUUUAACUCUGGGCACCCAGAUCCCUGUUCUUCUGCGCCUUCUGUACAAGCCGACAUGGGAGACAUUUGUUGGCGCGGUCACUCUUUGCGGCUACGCCUCCUUCUUGUUCGGCUGGCACGUUCACGAGAAGGCGAUCUUGCUUGUCAUCAUCCCAUUCAGCUUGGUUGCGCUCCGUGAUCGCCGAUAUUUCGGUGCUUUCCGACCUCUGGCAGUAUCCGGCCACGUUUCGCUGUUUCCACUGUUAUUCACAGCUGCCGAAUUCCCCAUCAAGACGGUGUACACCAUCUUUUGGCUAGUAUUGUUCCUGUUGACAUUCGACAGGCUUGCACCCGCCUCCUCCGAACGACGCCUCUUUCUGCUUGACCGCUUCUCCAUUCUCUACAUUGCUCUGUCUAUCCCAUUGAUUGCUUACUGCUCGCUGUUUCAUGGCAUCGUCUUCGGGUCUCGCUAUGAAUUUCUCCCUCUCAUGUUCAUUAGCUCAUAUUCAGCCAUUGGCGUAGUGCUCUUCAAACGCAAGCCAGUGAAGUUUGACCCUCCGCCGAAGAACAUCACCGAUCACGAUGAGGUCUGGGUCAUCGAGAAAACAGGAGAGGUCUAUAAUGAUUACGAGAAAUAUCUAAGGCGAUGCGACUUCUACGCACAGAAACUCUUCACCUGCGAGUCAACCGGGCAUUCAGGCUACACCUUUUUCGAAGCCAUGGAGAGCCAGGUGAGCUCCGAGCCAGUCUGGGAGGGCAUCAAGGUAACGGAAACGCAGACGGAGGCGUCAAGGGAGAUUGACAGCAUCUUCCCUGAUGCUUUGAGGUCGCGUGUCCUCCAUUAUGUCCAGUUCAGGACUACUUCACGCAUGGAUGACCUGGUAAACCUUGUGUUUGACGAGUUCAAAGAACAAUACAUGGUUGGCGACAGAGUUUGCAUCGAGGUCGAAGGUCCUGUCAAUCGCCGCUACGGUGUGAUUACAGACAUCGCCGACAACAGCCAGCUACACCAGAACGUCUUCACACGGUCACCAGAUGAACAGUAUCGGGCCUACACAUACGUCAUUACAAUGGACGACAACAACGAGCCCAUCACCAAGUACAAGGCUGCGGACCUGCAAAGGGACAGGAAGUACUACUCCAAGCUGAUCCUAAAACAAUUUCUCCGUAGCACAGUCUCGAGAGAGUCGUGGAUUGGUGCACCCUGGAUGGCGAAGGAGCAUUUGGCGAAACGCUACAAGAUCCCUACCAAGAUUCCGGACAACAAAACACGAGAUGCGGUGAUGGCGCAGAAGAAGCUGACGAACGGCUCUCAGCAAAACGGCACAGGGUCGCCUGUCCAGCAGACCUACUCGCAUCAACUGUCUAAUGGACACGCACCUCAAACAAAUGGGCAUCGACCUCAACAACCGGCACAGCAUGGACAAGGCCCACAUGCAUUCGUCAACUUCGCAACAAAUCCUCCCCACAUGCAGCAUCCACCUCACCUCAUGCACCCACACCUUCAGGGCUUCUCGCAGCAUAUGCAGGGAGGACCACCACCCCAGUUUGCCCACCCGGGACCGCCUCACCACCUUCCACAAGGUAUCCCUCUCAACAUACCGCAGAACGCUCUACCGUCGAAUCUUGCGCAUAUCAUGCAUCAUCCACCUGGUGCAUUGCCUGUUAAUCUUCCAUUCCAGAAUGGAUUCAUGCAAUACCAACAGUUUGCGCCUCGAAACCCGCAGCAACAGCAGCAGCAGCAACAACAACAACAACCAGCACCUUUGGCCAAGCCCUUUGAACCGAUCAAAUAUCCUAUCGAAGAUCUGGAGAUCUCCCAGCCCCGCUUGAGCACCGUGCGACCUUCACUGAAGUUCUUCUCCGAUGACGUACCAGAAGAUGUUGAAGCGCCAUCUGAGGAAGACAAGACCGGUAUCUUGAUGAAAAGUAUCGGUCCACUUCUGUGCGCUUGGGAAACACUCAAUGUGCAUGACACUAUCUACAUGCUUGAUUCUUUCACUUUUGAUGAUUUCGCAGAUGCGAUGCGCUACUCUUCGGAAGAUCAAGAUUGCGAGCUGUUCGUGGAAGUCCACUGUUCUGUGCUCAAGCAGAUCAUCAACGAGAAUGGCAAGCUUCAAGCCCCUCUACCGAACAUGGCUGAGGCGGAGGAGUCAGAUGAAGAGGUUUCGAGCAAAGAGUCAACUCCAACACCAGAGCCAGAGCCACCCAAGCGAACCACUCGCAGCAGUUUGAGGAAGUCAGAGGUGCAACAAAUAGUCGAGAAGCCUCAAACACCUACGCCUGAGCUGCCAAAGGAAACCCACAAGGCUGCUGAGUUCGUGGCCGAUUUCGAUUGGAUCGAACAGCUAAAGAUCCGUAGCUUCCAGAACGGAGGCUGGCAAGCAAUCUUCGUUGCUCUUCUAUACCGCUUGUCUUUCGAUCCUCUUCAAAAAGCGACUUGCGACGAGAUCCUCGCCGCUCUCGUGCCAGGCGAUCAAGAUCCCACUAUCGAGAGCAUUGCGGAGAACUAUCGCAGCUUGGAUGUCAACCUGCGCGUUUCAGCGCUGGAUCAGGCUUUGCGCUUGACUGUGACCACUGAGGCUUUCCGUGAUCAGCUGAAUGCAGCUUCUCUGGAGAUGACUCGUCUUCGCAAAGAGAAGAUCGAGUUCCAGAGGAAGCGCAAAGAGUUAGCGGACGAGCUGUUUAAGCUGGAUCUUGAACGUAAGAUCAAGCUACCUGAAAACACACCAGCAUCGCCUUCGGACAUGAAAGAGAAUGAAGACGUGUCGAUGCUCAGCGUGCCCGAGUCUGUCACCGAAGUCGCUGACGGGGAAGUCAAUGAGCCAGGAGACGCAUCGGCUGCACAGAGUAGGACUCGCACCAAGAACAAACGCAAGGCAGCAGCCGAAGAAGCCCGGAAAGAAAAGGCUAAGAAGGCAAAGAUCGAGGCUGAGCAGAACAAGAAGCAAAAAGAGUGGGAGAAGCUUUUGAAGGCAGUUGACGAAAAGAAGGAGGAACUUAAGGAGUGUGAAGCAAACAUCAACGAGCUAGACGACGAUCUCCGCGAAACCCUGGUGCAUCGCAGUAAGGUGCUGGGCAAGGAUCGAUUCCUGAACAAGUACUACUGGUUCGAGCAUAAUGGAAUGCCAUUCGGUGGUGUGCCAAACAGCUCUACAGCACAAUAUGGAUACGCCAAUGGACGCAUCUGGGUACAAGGACCGGAUGCAGAGGAGCUCCAACCAUGUUUGGAGGAGCCGGCUCUAUCGCAAGACAUGCAGCGAUUCAAGUUCACUAUCCCACAGCGCAAAGAGAAGGAAGAAGGUUCAACACAUCUCACGACAUCCAUGGAUUGGGCCUACUACGACGACCCCGAGGAUAUUGACAAAUUGAUCGUUUGGCUGGAUGAGCGAGGCCACCGUGAGAAGCAACUUCGCAAGGAGCUGCAGAUCUUCCGUGACCGCAUUGCGGAGUACAUGGAGAAGAUGAAGAAGCACCUCACAAAAGCAGACAAAGCAGAGGACGAGGAUGAGGUUGAAGACAGCAAGCUCCGAGUCUCGACGCGUGGUAAGGCCAACGCUGAGAAGGAGGAAGCCAAGGAACGCUGCCUACUCUGGACGAACAGCAUCAUGUUCGAAGAGUACGGCUACAUCCACUCCACCGAGUACGAGCCCCCAAAGAAAGGCAAGGCUAGGGUCGUCAAGACUGCCAAGGGCAAGGGCAGGCGGUAGUGUCGUGAGCCGCCUGCCCUUCACAGAGCGGACUCAGUGAUGGAACAAGAGUGUGGCUGUGGGACGAUUUACGAGAUGUGUAGUGGUGUUUUCGGCGUUGCGAUACCAUCAGCAUGUGCACUGGGCAUUUUCAGGAGUUUGCACAUGGCGGGCAUUGUCACAACACUGCGCUGCUGUAUAUAGAGGUUCUAGUGUUACGGGAUGUCCAGGUAGGAGGGUAACCGGUGCUCUCUGUCUAGUACCUAACGGGCAAAGUGUACGGGCAUUGGGAGUUGACCUAAGGUGUUCAGGGUAUCAUUGCUGCAAGCGGUCUGAGCACUGGAUUUUGUGCAAUGAAAUAUUCAAACAAUCGAAACGGGU